AAGGGGGGGUGCGUUUUAACCAUUUAUGUCUCAGCGCCUUUUUUUAGCUCCUUCAGGGGGAAAAUAAUCUCGGCAGCCCACUUCUCCGUCUUUUCUAUCCCUCCAUCGAGGUCCUCUGCUCCGCUAGCCCCGUUUCCAUGACAACCAAUUGGGUACCUCAGUCUACCUCAUUCACCGCCUCGCUCUCUCUCUCCUCUUGGUUUCCGUUCUGUCUCUAUUAUUAUUAUUAUUAUUAUUAUUAUUAUUAUUAUUAUUUUCCCCUUAGUUCCUGCUUUUUCCCCAAAAAAGGAUGACCCCCCCCUUCCCAAAAUGGCCUUUUUUGUUUGUUUGUUUGUUUGUUUGUUUGUUUGUUUUAACUCCAGUAAUGGGGGAAAUUGUCUCAAAUCAUGGGCAAGGGAAGGGACUCCGAGAGGCAUCAACCUCUGUAGCUGUUGGGCCCCUCUACAUUGGGUGUCACCAGAGGGGUGUAAGUCACUGGCUGCAAUUGCUCAGGUGCUUAAGUACCUGCUUAAUUUAUGCACCUGCCCUGUGCGUGAGGUGGGUGCCAGGACGCAGCUGGCUGAGGGACAGGGAAUGGGCAGGUGCUGAGAGCUAACUAUGCACUUUGAUCCAGUUAGGACCAAAGGGGCUUCAGUUCCUGUUCAAAGCAGGGUUAUUUAUUAGUAUUAUUACUAUUAUUAUUGUUGUUGUUGUUAUUGCUAUUAUUACUAUUCAGCUAGCAUACAUCAUCAUCCAAUUAAUAUGCAACCACAUUUUAAAUAGGUCUUAUUGGGGCCUGUGCAGAUGCUUAAAGCUAAGCACUUGCUGAAAACUAAUUGAAAUAAAGAGGAUUUUAGUUCACAUGCAAGGAAUUGUUGUUAUGCAACUGCAUUUUAAAUAGGUCUAACUUGGAACAUAGGCACAAACUUAGAGCUAAGCACAUACUUAAAUCUAAUUGAAAUUAAGAGGACAAUACUUAAUGUUCAAAGAGAGGUUAUUAUUAUGUAUUAUAUAUUGGUGACGAUUAUGAUGAUGAUGGCAGUAUGAAGUAACAUUUUCAAUAUGUUCCACUGGAAGAAAAGCACAUGCUUAAAACUAAUUGAAACCAAAGGGCUUUUAGCAUUUGUUGUUGUUGUUGUAAUAAAUAUAAUCAUCCAAUCACCAUGCAACAAUAUUUUAAAUAGGUCUUACUGGAAUAUAAGCACAAACUGUUUAGCAUGAGCUAAGCUCAUGCUUACAUAAGUGAAAUCAAGACAAUGGUAGUACACAUGUACAAACCUAUUAUUACACAUGUUUUACAUGUAGUAGUAGUAAUAAUAAUAAAAAUAUGCAGUAGCACUUUAAAUAUGUUCCACUACAAAAUAAGCAUAUGCUUGCAUCUAAGUGGAACCUAUGGAAUUUUAGCAAAGAUUAUUAUUAUUUCCACCAGUUCUCAAGACUUUAAUUACCUCCUACUGGCUUAUAAGCACAUGCUUGUCUGAUAGAAAUUGUUGGUAUUUUAGCCCACACACAAAGUAUGAUUAUCAUUAGUAUGAUCAUUAGCAUUGUUGUUAAUUAUUCUUAAUAAUAAUUAAAAGCAAUAUUAAUGCUGACUGAUUGCCACUAAUGAUUUAAUAAUAACCAUGAUAAUGAUGAUGAUAUCACUGUUCCAUGGGACCCCCUUGGAACAUAAGCACGUGCUUAAAGGUAAGCACUUGCUAAAAUCCAAGUCAGCAGGACUUCAGCUCCCAAUUAGUUAUUACUGUUGCUGUUGUUUUAUGAUGAUGACAAUUCGGGACAUGAGGAGCCUUUCAGCAGGGCCCCUGAGAACCCAACACCCCCCUGCUUAAAGUUAAGCACGUGCUUAAAUCCAAGUAAGCAGGACUUGAGUUAUUCUUAUCAUUAUUCGGGACAUGAGGAGCCUUUCAGGCCCCUAAGAACCCAACACCCUGCUUAAAGCUAAGCCGGUGCCUAAGCACCCUCCCAAGCCAGGGCUCUGCCCUGCGCCCUCCUGAGCUCCUAAAGCCCCUUCCCCACCCCACCCCGCCUAUGGCUGCUUCUCCUUUCUUUUCGGUUCCUCAGUGAUGCUUCUGCUUUCCUCCCGUCUCCUCCUUGCCUCUGUUUUAACCCUCCAAGUGCCGUGCUAAUGAGACACCGUGGAACUAAAAAUAAGCAAACCGAACCAUAAAUAACCCCUCCCACCCCAUCCCUUUAUAUAUAUAGAUACAUUUUAUAUAUAUAAAGCCCGGCUUUUAUUUUGAAUCGAUAACCAGCCGCUCUGAGUGUUACUAACCACCACGGGCCUUUGCGUUGAUUUUUCUGUUGACUUCUGAUUAAUUUGGGUUCUUCCCUCCUGGUUUUGUUUCCAAUCUCACCUGGGGGUCGGCAUUUCCUUGUGAAUUGUUUUCUGCCUGUCAAACCCCGGCCCAGCUGCAGUCACGCCCUUGAUCCGUUAUUGUUGGGAAGAGGAGGAGGGGGCUGAGAAAUUCCACAUACCCCCCCUGCACCCCCCCUGCACCCCCAGCUUUGCAUUCAGGGCUCUUGUUUUGUAUUUUAAUUCUGGCCCUUGGACUGUAAGUAAUCGCCGCUGAUGGGGCUGGAGGCCAUGAACGGAGACAGUUAAUGAGCUGAUCUUCAUUAAGAACCAAACGAAUGCCAAAAAGCAAACCAAAUAGCCAGGCUUGAUUCUUCCCAUCUCUCUCUCUCUCUUUCUUUCUCUCUCUGUCUGGGGUGGAUGUGUCUGGGCUGGGGACUUUGGGGGCGGGGAGUGCUAUUUCAAUGAUUUCUUUCCCCACAGGUGCUACCCAGGAGGUCAUGGGUUCGAAACUCACCCAGGCCAGGUCCUGGAUUUUUCCCUGGGCGUGGGGGAGCGGUGAAUUGAUUGUUUCCUUGUCCAUUUUUGAGCCAACUCCCACGGGUGUGUUCUCUCCCUUCAACCUCACAUGGAACCACCUUCCCCUCCUCGUUAACCCUGUUUCUCCUCCUGCCAGGCACCAUCCACCUUCUCCAUCUCACCCACCACCCCCAGCCUGGACCAUGGGGCCUCCUCCCUCAGCCUUCUUCGUGUGCCCGGGGACGCUACAGAAGGUGCUGGAGGCCACAUCAACGCAUGAGUCGGAGCACCAGGCAGGGGCGUGGUGCAAGGACCCACUGCAAGCAGGUGACCGCAUCUACGUGAUGCCAUGGGUGCCAUACCGCACGGACACGCUGACCGAGUACGCCUCGUGGGAUGAUUAUGUGGGUGCCCGCCACACCACCACCUACCGCUUGCCCAACCGUGUGGAUGGCACUGGCUUUGUGGUGUACGAUGGUGCUGUCUUCUACAACAAGGAGCGGACGCGCAACAUUGUUAAGUAUGACCUGCGCACACGCAUCAAGAGUGGUGAGACUGUCAUUGCCACAGCCAACUACCACGACACCUCGCCCUAUCGCUGGGGCGGCAAGACUGAUAUCGACCUGGCUGUGGACGAAAGCGGGCUGUGGGUCAUCUAUGCCACCGAGGCCAACAGUGGGCGCCUGGUGGUGAGCCAGCUCAACCCCUACACACUGCGCUUUGAGGGCACUUGGGAGACAGGUUACGACAAACGGGCGGCCUCUAAUGCCUUCAUGGCAUGUGGCGUGCUGUAUGUGGUGCGCAGCGUCUAUGUGGACGAUGACAGUGAGGCAGCCGGCAACCGCGUGGACUACGCCUUCAACACCAAUGCCAACCGUGAGGAGCCCGUGGGCCUAGCCUUCCCCAACCCCUACCAGUUCGUCUCAUCUGUGGACUACAACCCCCGCGACAACCAGCUCUACGUGUGGAACAACUACUUUGUCGUGCGCUACGCCCUCCAGUUUGGGCCCCCUGAUCCUAGUGCUGGCCCAGUGACUUCGACACCACCCAGCACAACAGUGGCACCAGCACGGCCCACACCAGCCACAACCACAGCAGCACCGGCAGCCAGCACUACAGCACGCCGGGCCCCACUCACUACCCACCCUGGUGGUGCUAGCAACCAGAAGGGUACAGAGCCAGCACCUGCCACAGCCACAGCUGCAGCCCCGAGUACACGCCGCCCACCUGCCCCUGGCCAGCACAGUGCCCCCGAGCUCUUCUGCGAGCCCCGCGAGGUGCGCCGUGUCCAGUGGCCUGCCACGCAGCAGGGCAUGCUGGUUGAACGGCCCUGCCCCAAGGGUACUCGAGGCAUCGCCUCCUUCCAGUGCCUGCCCUCAUUGGGGAUCUGGAACCCGCGUGGUCCUGACCUCAGCAACUGCACCAGCCCCUGGGUCAACCAGGUAGCCCAGAAGAUCAAGAGCGGGGAGAAUGCGGCAAACAUCGCAGGUGAACUGGCCCGCCACACGCGUGGGCCCAUCUACGCUGGCGACGUCAGCUCAUCAGUGCGACUCAUGGAGCAGCUGCUCGACAUCCUGGAUGCACAGCUCCAGGCACUGCGGCCCAUCGAACGCGAGUCAGCUGGCAAGAACUACAACAAGAUGCAUAAGAGAGAGCGAACCUGCAAAGACUACAUCAAGGCGGUGGUGGAGACGGUGGACAACCUUCUGCGGCCUGAGGCGCUGGAGUCAUGGAAGGACAUGAACGGGACAGAACAGGUGCACACAGCUACCAUGCUGCUGGAUAUCUUGGAGGAGGGUGCCUUCCUGCUGGCCGACAAUGUCAAGGAGCCCGCCCGCUUUGUCACCUCCCGCCAGAACGUCGUGCUGGAGGUGACGGUGCUGAACACGGAGGGGCAGGUGCAGGAGCUGGUUUUCCCGCAGGAGCUGGGGGGCGAGAACUCCAUCCAGCUCUCAGCCAACACCAUCAAGCAGAACAGCCGCAACGGUGUGGUGAAGGUGGUGUUCAUUCUGUACAACAACCUGGGGCUGUUUCUGUCUACGGAGAAUGCCACAGUGAAGCUGAGUGGGGAUGCGGGUGCCCUCAGCCCCGCCCUUGUCGUCAACUCCCAGGUCAUUGCCGCCUCCAUCAACAAAGAGUCCAGCCGUGUCUUCCUCAUGGACCCUGUCAUCUUUACCCUUGCCCACCUCGAGGCCAAGAACCACUUCAAUGCCAACUGCUCGUUCUGGAACUACUCGGAGCGCUCCAUGAUGGGCGCCUGGUCCACGCAGGGCUGCCGGCUGCUGGGCACCAACCGCACCCAUACCACCUGCGCCUGCAGCCACCUCACCAACUUUGCUGUGCUCAUGGCCCACCGCCAGAUUUACCAGGGACGCAUGAAGGAGCUGCUACUGUCGGUGAUCACAUGGGUGGGCGCCGUCAUCGCCUUGGUCUGCCUGGCCAUCUGCAUCUCCACCUUCUGCUUCCUGCGGGGGCUGCAGACUGACCGCACCACCAUCCACAAGAACCUCUGCAUCAGCCUCUUUCUUGCUGAGCUCCUCUUCCUUGUUGGCAUUGACAAGACACAGUACGAGGUGGCCUGCCCAAUCCUGGCAGGGCUGCUGCACUACUUCUUCCUGGCAGCCUUCUCAUGGCUGUGCCUGGAGGGUGUCCACCUCUACCUGCUGCUGGUCGAGGUGUUUGAGAGUGAGGCCUCACGUCGCAAAUACUACUACCUGGGCGGGUACUGCUUUCCUGCACUCGUUGUGGGCACCGCCGCCGCCAUUGACUACCGCAGCUAUGGCACUGACAAGGCCUGCUGGCUCCGUGUGGAUAACUACUUCAUCUGGAGCUUCAUCGGGCCUGUUUCCUUCGUCAUCGUGGUGAACCUCGUGUUCCUCAUGGUCACAUUGCACAAGAUGAUCCGCAACACGUCUGUGCUCAAACCUGACUCCAGCCGCCUGGACAAUAUCAAGUCAUGGGCACUGGGAGCCAUCGCGCUGCUCUUCCUGCUGGGGCUUACAUGGGCCUUCGGCCUCCUCUUCAUCAACAAGGAGUCUAUCGUCAUGGCCUAUCUCUUCACCACCUUCAAUGCCUUCCAGGGCAUGUUCAUCUUUGUGUUCCACUGUGCCCUGCAGAAGAAGGUGCACCGGGAGUUCAGCAAGUGCCUGCGCCACGCGUCCUGUUGCCUGCGCAGCCCCCCUGGUGCCACCCUCAGCUCCCUCAAGACCUCAGCCAUUCGGAGCAACAACCGCUACUACACUGGCACCCAGAGCCGGAUCCGCCGGAUGUGGAAUGACACAGUGCGCAAGCAGACGGAGUCCAGCUUCAUGGCCGGGGACCUCAACAGCACCCCCACCCUCAACCGAGGAACCAUGGGCAACCACCUGCUGACCAACCCAGUGCUGCAGACCCGUGGGGGCACCAGCCCCUACAACACGCUCAUUGCUGAGUCUGUGGGCUUCAACCCCGCCUCACCCCCUGUCUUCAACUCCCCAGGGAGCUUUCGUGAGUCCAAGCACCCCCUGAACAACACCCGCGAUGCCUGUGGCAUGGACACGCUCCCACUCAACGGCAACUUCAACAACAGCUACUCGCUGCGCAGCGGGGACUUUGCGCCUGAGACCACCAAGGGCCCCGAGGUCCGGCGGGGCCUGCCGGAUGCUGCUGCCUUCGAGAAAAUGAUCAUCUCUGAGCUGGUGCACAACAAUCUGCGCGGAGGCGGGGGCAGCGGCACAGCCAAACCAGCUCCCCCUGCACCCCCCACUGGUGACCCAGGCAACCCCCCCGGGGCUGCCAGCGAAGAUGCCCCCCCACCGGGCACCGCUCCCCCGGAGCCCAGCCACGAGGAGACGCUGGAGAUUGAACUCAUGUACAAGGCACUAGAGGAGCCGCUUCUGCUGCAGCGCGCCCAGUCCAUCCUGUACCAGAGCGACCUGGAGGAGUCAGAGUCCUGCACAGCCGAGUUGGCCGAGGGCGCCGAGGGCCAGGCCCCCUCGCCCAACCGGGACUCUCUGUACCCCAGUAUGACCAACCUGCGGGACUCUCCAUACCCGGACAGCAGCCCUGAGGCCCUCGGGGAAGUCCUGCCACAUGCCCAAGCCAUCAACGAGAUCUACUACACCAACCGGCCCAGCCUGGGCCCCCGUGGCCAGCUCCAGGCCUACUACCAGGUCCGGAGGCCCAGCAAUGAUGGCUACCUGGUGCCUGCUGGGCUCGAGGGCCCUGUGCCCGAGGGCGAUGGGCAGAUGCAGCUGGUCACCAGCCUCUGAAGGCUGGGCAGGGACUGAGGAGCCCCUCCCCCAGUCCCCUCUCCCCUCAUUUGCUUUUAAUUGCCCCCCUGGAGCGGCCAAGAGGAGGCAGCGCAGUGGUGGGGGUGCAGUUGCGCCAAGACCUAUGGUCGUUUUCUUUCCCCCCUCCUGGCGCCCUGAAGGGAGUGGUGGUGCCAAGGCCAGUGGCCAUUUUGUGUCUCCUCCCUCCCACUGCCAUUCCUUGGUGUUACCCAUCACAAGUAGGCUUCGUUAAGGGGUUUGACACCAAGCUUCGAUGAGGAGGAGUGGGGAGGAAGGAUGCAGGCUGGACACGCACGGCUCUGGCUUCUCCUUUUUGCUCAACUCCAUUUUUUUGGCAGGAAGGCUGAAAAGGAGGGGGAAAUUCACUUUUUUCGGGGAGGGGGGGAUGAUUUUUUUGAAGAGGUCAAAGCCAUGGGGGGCAGGUGGGCACCCUGCUUUGGGGGCUGCCCCCUGGUGAUGCUGAGAGGGACUGUAAGGAGAGCAAGGCAGAGAGGGCCCCACUGACAGGCAGGGGUUGGGGGCAUCUCUUCCCCUCCCCCCCCCCGCCCCCCAUUUUGUUUUCUACAUUCUUUGCCAAAAAAAAAAGGAAAAAAAUUAAUAUAUAUAUAUAUAUAUAUAUUAAAAAAAUUGCUAUAUAUCUAUAUCUAUAUCUACAGAGAGAGAGCUAUAGCCAGGGAGAGACAUAGCUAGGCCAGGGGUGGGCAGAGAUGGCCCAUAGCUCCCAGUAUUUGCCCCCAUGGUGCUGGGGGGGGGGACUGGUUCGCACACUGCCUUUUCCCUCAGCUCCUGCUAUCUUCCUGAGGGGGUGCAUGGUGCCAUGGCCACUGCCUUGAAUGGGGGGGGGAGGUGUUGCCUUCUUUUCAUGUCCUCUCUGCCCCGCCUCCCCCCGUAGCUUUCCGGGGGCGUUGGAGCCUCUAGAAGUCGUGUGUGCAUGUGGAGGGGGAGCUAACACUGCCCUCAGCCACACUGCUCCGUCCCUGCGUCCGUCUGUCCUUUCCACUCUUGCUGGGGUCUAGAGAAGGGGAGGGGGGUAAGGAUUAUGGGAGUGGGGGUGGCAGUCAGGUGCCACAAAGGGCUGCUGGAGCUGAACUCAUUUCCCCUCUCCCAUGUUGGAUGCUGAGUGGGGGAAAAAAAAGACCCUACACAAAUUGAGGGGAGAAAAAGCAGAAAAGCAAGGGAAAAAAUGAACCGAUUCCCUCCCUCUUCCCCCCACCCCCCCAGCCUGGACCCCCCCCACCCUUUGUGUUUUGUUUUGUUUUUUUUCUUUCCAAGGUGGGGAAAAAAAAAAAGCAGAGCUCCCCCACGUCAACAUGGACUCCCUCUUGAAGCACAAAGCAAAAUUCUCCUCCUGGGGCUGGAGACCCCUCCAAGGCGCCGUUUUGGGGGGAGGGUGGCGGGAGGCACUGUUUUUUUGUGGAGGGGGGUGCAGAAAUGCUGUAAAUAUUGCAAAUAAGGGGGGGGGGGGAGUACAAAAGAAGGUGGGAAAAACUGUUCCCUCAGCGCCCACCACAAGGGACCUACCGCGUGUCCAUGUGUCUGUCUGUGCCCCGUCCCCUCGAGGCACAUGUGCGUCCGCCGUGCCGUGGCCACCCCCAUCCCCUGCACCCUCCCCUGCUGGCCCACAGGCGGAUUUUUAUGAUCAAAAAACAAAAAAAAGAAAAAAUGGGAAAAAGACAAAAAAGCAACAACCCCCCCCCCACAAACCAACAACAAAAAAGGAGAAACGAACUGUUUUUGGCACAAUUUUUAUGUAAUAUAUAACCAAGAACGCGCCAUGUCUGUGACUCGCCACAUCCCUUGCCACCCCCACCUGGCCGCAAGUGGCCCCUUUGGUUCGUCUGGCUGGCUAUGAGGCUGCCACCUCCCCCGCGGGACCUGGGCCCAAGGACAAUGGGGCUGUGGGAUAGGGGCUGAUAGGAGUGGAGUAGUGUAGACAGGGCUGCUCCGUCGACUGAUUUACACCUGCCGAGGGGGUGUUCCUGGCUCCUUGGCCCUGCUUGGGGGGGAGGUGGCCUCUGGGCAUGGUGCUCCCCCCUUUUACCCUGGUGAGGCCUUGGCAUGGGGUCUGUGGACCCCCUUUGUGUCCUGUUCCCCUCCCCCAUAGCUGAGGGCCACCUUCUGGCAUGAGGCAGCUCCCUCCCCACCACUCCCCAUGCCCACCCUUCAUGGGAGCUGAAGAUAAUGGCUGGUCCAGGCCCCCCACCCCGGUUUGGGCUGCAAGGCCUUCUGUGAAAUCUAAAGCAGUGCCCUCCUGCACUAUGGUGGGGGUUCAGUGUGCAGGACCCCACCCCCAAUAGCCCUCUCCCCAACCCCCUGGGCUUUAAGCCUCUCACAAGUGCAAUGAGUUAUAGGGCCAGGCUGGGCUCAGCUCCAGGGGAGCUGCCUUCCAGGGCAAAGGGGGAAGCAAAGAUGCCCUGGCGAAAGGAUUUGCCUCUUCUACCCCAGUCUCCCCACUGGGGGAUAUCGGUGCAAGAGGCAGGGCUAUAGCAGAGGAACCAGAGCUUCACCAUAGGAUUGACAGGAGAGCCUGGCCACCAGCGCUGCUCAAUACCAGCCCCUGGUUUGACAGUUGCUGCCUCUCUGCCUGGGGCACCUGGGCCUUCUGCUCCAUGUCCUGUUGGUAACUGCCGGCCAUGGAGACCCCACCUCAAUCGUGUCACAGCCCAGGUGGGAUCACACCUCUGGGCACCAUGAAGUGGUCCUGGCCCCUUUCAAAAGGGAAGAGAAGCUCAGAGCCCUCCAAUCAGCUCCUAGCUCUUGUCUCCCACUACCAAUAAAGGCCUAGGCCUCCCCCUUCCUGCCAGAGCUCUUCUCAGUGAUUGGGUGCCUGCUAGCCAAUCACAGGGGAGGUGGGGUUAUCACCUGGGUGCCACCCCCCAAUUGUCUCCAAGUUUCAUCUGCCCUGCCCUGUGUUCAAGUCCCCUUCUCCAUCCCUCCUAGACCCAGGUGGGGCUGGGGGGUCCCUUCAUCUGCCCCUCAGGGGGUACCUGGGUCUCAAGAUGAUCUGGUGGUAGCUGAGGCUGGGGUGGGGGGAACCCAUCACUGCCCCCCUCCCUCCCCCCCCUCAGGGUCACUGGUGCAACUGAAUACCAAAUAAACCAGAGCAUUCAUUGCCUGCACUGCAGUCCGAGGGGAGCCAGCCCACACUGCACCAGGUGCUGUACAUAUACCCCCAUGUCGGCCUCAGCAGCAAGCCUGGGAGGGGAAACUGAGGCACAAAGCUAUGCUGGGCUGAGUGGGGGAACAGAACCCAGGCAUCUGGGCUCCCCUAUGCUGGUACCUCAUAGGCUGGGCGGCCUCUUUCCAGAGUCAUCUUUGUCCCAGUCCCUUCACCUGUCUGGGGUUGGGGGGGGUGGCUCAGCUGGUGCCUUGGGGCUCCCCCCACCCCCCAUCGCUGCGUCCCCUGUCUGUCCGUUUUCGAUAUGCCAAACCAACGUUGGGUCGAGUGCAUUAAACCGAACAAACGGCUCCGGCGCCACGGGGCUGGUGGCAGGACAGGCCACGGGCCCCGUGCCCUGGUCACGGACCUGCCCCAGCCGCUGCCCGCUGGGCCUACAAUAAAGGAACUGAGAUUUCUUGGA